GGACACAUGUCACUUUAUUAGAGUGAUUUGUAUGAAUUAGCUACAAACCAGUUUGUAGUUAAUUUGUGUCUUAUGAGCCAACAAGCCCAUGUAAUUGUCAUACCAACCCAUUGAUCCAAGCUCACCAAAUUAUCGGCACAAAGAUUUUCUUUCUGAUCACUUCCACGCCAUCGGCAAUUUUCAUAACCACCUCGUAAGCCUUCGAUUUCAAGCGCAAGGCACAAUGAGAAGUGGAGGAAUGAGGAAUAAGCCACUCCAACGACCAUCAUCAUAAAGGAAUUAAAGAGUCUUCCCAGUAUGGAAGAGAAGAAAGACAGUAAACAAAAAUUACAAAAUCAUCAACAAGAGCAGACUGAAGAAGAAAAGCCUGAUAAACAAGUGGAAGCUGAUCAAGCAGAAAAAGACACUCCUGUGCUUGAGAAGAACCAGUUAUCCGAGGAUAUACAGAAAGAAAGGCAUGAAAAUAAGGUAGAAAUAAGUGUUGGGAGAUCUAAAUUAUGUGGAAAAGAUGGAGAAAGGCAAACAGAUUCAUCAAAGAAAUCAAAACAAGGUUCAAAAAGAAACGCCAAGGAAAAGCACACGGUCCCUCAACCAUUUUCUUUUGCAACUGAUAAAAGGAUGUCAAAGGAAAGACGAUGUUCAAUGGAUUUUUCUGCAGCAAAUGAGGAAAGAAUGUCAAAAGAAAAACGGGGUUCAAUUGAUUUCAAGGCCCCACAACCCAAACUAUCCAAAUCUUUCAGUAUAAAUCACAAGGUUGAAUCCUUAGCUAGUGCCGGAGAAACCUCUAAACUGACACGUGCCAAUUCUACCCGUGCUAAUAUAACAAGUAGUACCAAGCUUAACGCUACAACUACCAAACGUGCUGAUAAAAGGAUAGAGGAGGGUCCGAAAACUAAGGAAAUGAUACAAGUGAAGGAGGUCGAAAGCAAGUAUUUACAAGUCAAUACCAUUAAGAAACAGAAGAAAGGAGAGGAAUUGGAGAUCAAUAAACUUCGAAAGACUUCCACCCGUAAAACAGCUCCAUUGCAAAGCUUCUACAAUCAGAAAGAUCCUCCAUCAAAGCCUGGAUUAAAGAAGAUCCCCGUCACAUGUUCCAAAUCUACUUUGCUUGACCAACAAAGCAUGUCAACUGGUUUCCAGAGCAACAAAAUAGAAGACAAGGGAAAGUUGGCUUCCAAGACCAUGAGUAGCAUAACCAAAAUACUGAUUGGUACUCGCAAGAUUUUGAAUCCCGCAAAAGAGAAGGUGAAAGGUGAUGUUUCGGGUGCAUGAAGACGAUAAGAACCUUUAACCAUAUAUAUAUAUAUAUAUGAAUCCUCU